GAAAUUUUUCACUCGUUAUGUAUUAGAUAUUUUUGGGAGAGUUUAAAACUGUGAAGAUAAAAAUAGUUCCUAAAUUUUUUUUCACUUAUUUCAAUCUUAUAAUAAUGAAUGUGACCAUUCAACUUUCUACCCGUGCAUUUUUUGGAUGAAUAAAUUCAGCUCGAGGCGAACAUGAGAUAAUUGAGAAAAUUUGAUUUUCGUGGAAAAAACUUUUUUUUUUUGCAUAUAUAAAAAUAUCUCCAAGCCGUUUUGAGUGCUGCCAAUAACGAAUUGAUCAGAAUGCCUGGCGAUAUUCUGCAUGAAUUAGGUGAAAAUGAUGAAAAUGAGAAUAUGGUUUCAAAUUUGCCGUUGUUAUUUGCGGGCGGUUACCCAACAUCGCUGGACAAAAUAUCCGAAUCACAAUUAGAAAAAUUCAUCCCAUUCAUGGUACAGUGUUCAUUGGGUGAAAUUCAAUCGCCAAUGUUGGAUAGUAAUUCGGAACCAGAAUGGUGGCCAGAAGAUGUUCGUUUCACAAUACCAUUGAAACGACCCGACGACUUCACCGAUAGCUGGCUGAAUAAGCUUAAGGAAAUUGUUGCCAUCUGCUAUCAAUUCCACAAAAGUGUAUUUCUUCUGCGAUUCUGUGAAAAUCUGUCCGCAUACACGGCCGAGAGUCUGCGCUUUAUCAACAAUUACAAUUCAACGACAUCACUGUUCGAUCGACGCAGUAACAAGUUGUUGGUGACUUUCCGUAAUGAAAAUAUGUUGUACGAUCAGCCAGUAAAUAACAAAAAGACGUUAAUGCCUAAGAUGCAAAACUCACAAUCGGGGGAAUCUCAUCAAAUGGUCGAACAAUCCUUAUUUGACAUCUAUCUCUGUGAUAAUUGCGAUGCUGAACUAUACUCAUUGGGCGCUUAUCAAGAGCAUGAAAAGACGUGUCAAUGUCAUGAUGACGAUGAUGUCAUAUUUUGUGAUGAAGAAGAGCCUGAAAAUCCGAUCGAUAAAACCACACAACAAAAUAGUUUUCUCCAACAUUUUCAAUUAUGCAAAAACAUUCCGGCUGAUGAAAAGAAACCGAUUAAAGCAUUAACACCGAACAAACGAACCUCACAAAAUGCACUCAUGAAUAUCAAUAGCAAAAACACUAUACUUAAUAAUAAUAAUUGUGUCAAUACAAUUGAUUUAGAGCCAAAUAAAAAAGCGGUGAAACGAGUGCGAACCCCUGCCGCUAUAAAUGCAUUGCUAAAAAGUCAAAUACCCAUCACAUCACCGGCAGGACAGCGGCUCAUCGCUCAAUCAAAUGCUCCAAUUAACAGUGAUUACAUACGGGAGCGUAUCGAACGAUAUGAACGAUCUUGUGCGGCGCCACCACUUGCCAUAGACGGUUCGAAUCGGCCAAAGUUUAUGGAUAAGAAACCAAUUAUUUACAACAUUAGCUCAUUUCGUAAUACUGUAAAGCCAUUUCAUUGUUAUAAAUUUCCGCGACGACAACUCUCAACGAAAAUGCGCAACGAAGCUGUCAUUCAAUUGGAACGGAUUCAAUUGCAACAAAGUAAAUGUAAACCGUUAGCCAUAACGGUAGAACGGCUGUCAAACAAAGAAAUCGAAAGUAUAAAAACACAAGUGUCAACACAUAAACGACCGAAAUUCAACGAUGUCAUUGUUAUUGAUUCAUCGGAUGAUGAUGGCAAUGAUGGUGACGACGGCGACGAUGAUGAUGAUAAUGAUGAUAAAUCAAUGGGCAGCCUCACCGAAGUAAGUCAUGAAACAUCCGUAACGAGUGGUUUGUCAUCCCGACAAAAAUAUUCGACAAUGGCGCCGUUUUAUCAGCCAGCUCAUUCGAUUCCAACCAAUCCAUUACAUAAUACAUUAUUAUUUGUAGAUUGUUCAGUACCUACCCAAAACUAUUUGAAUAAUGAAUCGAUUAUGUUUGAUUCACGGCCACAAUUAACAACAUCACGUACUCAAUGCGAUUCAGCAUCGAAUUUAUUAGAUAGAAAACCGAUUAAAUCACAUCAUUCAAAAUUGUAUGAGACAACACAUCGAACGGUUAAUUUACAACAACAACUUCAACAGGAUAAAGAAAAUAGAAUUUACUCGUAUCUCACCGAACAAUCAAAUAAUCCACAAUCGGCCGCAUUCAUUUAUGCCGACGAUUUGAAUAUGAACAUCGAUUCAACAAUUGUGCCUGCAACGUUAUCAUCAAACAAUCUGAUUUCAAUCGAUCUAACGUUGUGAUGAGGUUCCUAUAUCCCUGACCGAACUGAAUUAAUGCGCUGUCAUUCUGAUCAACUCAGAAGUUGAUCAAUUUUCAUAUGAGACAGCCAAAUUAUCAACAAAAAAACAACAAUUUUCCCCGUUAUCAUUUCGACAGUUAGUUUCAAAUUCAUUCAUUUCAUUCACUCUGUCUACGUACAGGGGAGAAAGCUAUUUUUUUAUUUGUUGUAAAUAGAAUCUAGAAUAACAUAUUCAAAUGCAUGUUUUUUUAUGUGUAAAACUUUAAAUUUUCCACAAUCAUUGCAACAAAUGUUUCUUUAAAGGUGGUUUGAUUUAAAAAAAAAUGUACAGAAUAGAAUUAAACUCAAUAGGAAAGUAAUGAUUUCAAACAACAAAAAGACAUUUGGUCAUUCAUCUUCAUUUGUUAACAAAUUAUUAUUAUUUAUUUAAAUCAACACACUCGCAACAUAAAACUUCAAAAUUAUUUCGAUAAGUUAGUGAUUAGCAUAGAAACUGAUAAAGAAAGCAUUGUUGUCAUCAGUCUUAUAGAUGACUAAGUGUAUACCGAUAUUUUGGAUAAUCGAAUAAGAGGAAAAGUGUUGAAUUCGCUACGAACAACAAAAUCAACUCCAACCGACUAAAAAGCAAAUUACAAUUAUGGAACGAUAGAUCGACUGAAUUUUUUUUAAAUUAACGGAACAAUGUGAUCUUUUGUUAUUUGAUUUCAGUUGAAUCUCUUCGAAAGAAAAAAUUCAUAUAAUCCAAUAGAAAUUGUUCUGAAUUAAAUAGACUGAUAAAAUUCUAUCAAACUUUUUUUUCCCCCCAUGAACUGAAUUAGUAGCGAUUCGCCGGAAUCAAGUCAAAUGCAAUGCAAGUGAAAGAAAGUAUAAUUUUUUUUUAAAAACAAUAGCAUACAAAGCCUUUAAAAACAGUUCAUUCAAUAAAUUAUGUAAUUUAAUAAUUGAAUUUUCAAA